AUGUCCACUGAUACAGCCAUGGACGCCAUCAAGAACACCCUCGGCCUCAACAACAGCUUCGAUCCAAACAAGGAUAUCCCCGACCUCAGUGGCAAGACAUACGUAGUCACCGGAGGAAGUGCAGGCAUCGGCUUCGGUAUCUGUGCUCACCUGCUCCAGCACAACUGUGCCGCCCUCUACCUCCUAGGCAAGAAAGAAGAGCACCUAUCCGAAGCCGAAGAAGGCCUCAAGAAGUACGGCGACACCAGCAAAGUCCACACCAUCCAGAUCGAGCUCGAAGACCUCAAGCACACCGCCGAAGUAGCCAACAAACUCAAAGACGAGCUGCCUCAACUCGACGGCCUAAUCCUCAACGCAGGCCUCGGCGUAGGCCCCUACAACGUCUCCAAAGACGGCCUCGACACGCACAUGCAAGUGAACGUUAUUGCCCAGCAUCACCUCAUGAUGGUCCUUUUACCAACUCUUUUGAAAACGCCAGAUUCCCGCAUCGCCCUCCAAUCCUCCGACCUGCACCGCCCGGCCCCCAGCGACACAAAAUUCGCCUCCACCUCCGACCUCAACCGCGACAUCGGCGCCAUGAACCUCUACAACCGCAGCAAACUCGCCCAAGUCCUCCUGGUCCGUACGCUCCACCGCCGUAAACAAACCUUCCACCUCGGCCUCACGCCCUCCUCCGCCCCCUGGAUCAACGCCACGCAUCCCGGCGGCGUGGCGACGGAUCAGCAGGACCAGGCUAUUGAAGCUUACGGCACGGCUGGGAAAAUGGGUGUGAAAGCUGUGCGGCCGUUCAUGAAGGAUCCGGUAGACGAGGGGUGUCGACCGAUUCUGUUUGCUGCUACGGCGAGGGAGGUUGGGGUGGAGGGUAUUGAUGGGGCGUAUAUUGUGCCGGAGAGGAAAGUGACGGAGCCGAGCAAGCAGGCGCAGGAUGAGGCGUUGCAGGAGAGGUUGUGGAAGUUGGUUGGGGAAGUUUUGAGGGAGAAGUUGGGGGAGCUGCCUUAUGAGAUGUGA